AUGAGCAAAAACGAAAGCGGUUCGUUUGAAAAGGAGUCUCAGAAAAAGACUCUUGGUGUCAGCGUCAAGGAUGUGGAGUCCUUGCUUUCCGUUAGUGUCGAAGAUAAUGUCUUUGAAGCAGAACACAACCUCGAAAGAGGCCUCAAACAACGCCAUAUCCAGAUGUUGUCCUUGGUGGGCGUUUUCGGCACGGGUUUGUUCUUGUCGAGUGGAAAGACGUUGGCGUUGUGUGGAAAUGUUGGAAUGGUGCUCUCGUACCUUUUCAUCGGUAUUCUUGUCGGUUUGAACCAGCUUGCCAUGAUCGAAUUGUCCUGUUUGAUGCCUGUGACUGGCUCAUACAUCAGACACGGAGAGCACUUUGUGGAUCGUGCGUUUUCUUUUGCGUUGGGCUGGAUUUGCGUUUACCAGCAGAUUCUUCCAAGUGAAAUUGCAGCCACUUCAGUGGUAAUGGGGUACUGGAGCGACUUGAAUCCUGCCGUUUGGGUCACAGUUUUCCUGGUGAUCAUUAUCGGCUGCAACUCGUACAGAAUCCGUUUUUACGGAGAAAUCGAAUUCUUUUUUGGCGUGCUCAAGAUUCUUUUGAUUUCUGGUCUCAUCAUAGUUUCUGCUGUGAUGGACUUGGGUGGUGUGGCCAAUGUAGACAGAAUCGGAUUCCGUUAUUGGAAACAGACCCCAUUCCGAGAAUACUAUACCGAUGGAGGCCUUGGGAAAUUCUUGUCCUGGUGGAAAGCAGCUGGAUCUGUUGUUUAUGCCUUUGGUGGAGUCAACUCUAUUUCAUUCUAUGCUGGAGAAACCCAGAAGCCCAGACACUCCAUUUACACUGCUGGCAAGCGUAUUUUCUUCAGAGUUUUUACCCUAUACCUCCUCACCGUCUUCGGACUUACGCUUAUUCUUCCAGCUGACCACCCCAAAAUCGCCAACACUACCGGAGACUCCACAGGCUCACCUUUCGUCAUUGCUAUCCAAGACGCCGGUAUCAAGGUGCUUCCAGAUAUCAUCAACGCUAUUGUGUUGACGUCGGCUUUUUCUGCUGCAAACUUGAGUUUGUUCAAAACCUCCAGAGACCUUUUUGCAUUGGCUGCAAAGGGCCAGGCUCCCAAGAUGUUCAUCAAAACCAACAGAUUUGGAUUACCAUAUUGGGGUGUCAUCAUUGCCGCUUUGUUCAUGCCUUUGGCUUAUAUGAGCACCAGUUCCAGUGCGUCGACUGUGUUUGGCUGGUUCCAGAACUUGACCAGUUCCAACCUUCUUAUUACCUGGAUUUCCAUUGACGUCAACCACAUUGCACUCCAAAAAGCCUUGAAAGCACAGGGAUACAGCAGAGACGAUUUGCCAUAUAAGAUGCCAUUUGCAGAUUACGGAGCAUGGAUAUCGUUGGCCUUCUUCAUUCUUCUCCUCUUGACCGGUGGGUAUUCGAACUUCUUGAAGGGCAACUUCGACAUUUCGUCUUUCUUCAGCGCCUACUUCGUGAUUCCCCUCUACGCCGUUUUGUUCUUUGGCUGGAAGAUCUUCAAAAAGACCAGUAUCAGAAAGUCGCUGGAAGUCGAUUUGCAGUCUUUAUUCAAAGACGUCGAGGAGAACCCAGAAGAAAUCCCCCACCAAACCUACUUGUGGGAGUAA